CUGAGGCAUAGCUUGAACUAACUGCAUCAAAUCCCACAGACUUCAGUGAGUAAACCUUACAUUUUCAGAGGUCAGUACCUCUACUUGACAUGGAUGUGUGGAAAGUUCCUGAGACAAGACAACAGGGCUGGUACUUGGCUCUGAUGGCACCAAAUGUUAAAGGGGAACAAUAUACAUGGCUGGACCCCUCCAGGUUAUACUGUAACUCUCAGGCUCUACAAGACUGUGUAAAUGAUCUCCUCAAACCAUUCCAGAAUGAUGAUAUUGAUCUUGUUGCAGGGAUUGAUGCCAUGGGAUUUAUUUUGGGUGCUGCUGUAGCCAAACAACUGGAAAAGGGCUUUCUGGCAAUCCGAAAAGAAGGGCAUCUGUGUAUAAAAACUGAUGUCCAAGACUACACAGACUACAGUGGGCAGAGAAAAGCAUUGGAAGUCAGAAAAGAUGUAAUUAAGCCAGGUACACGUAUUCUCUUAGUGGAUCAGUGGAUUGAGACUGGAGGAUCAAUGGAAGCUGCAAUCAAACUAGUAGAGCGACAAGGUGGAAUUGUAAUAGUAUGGGCAAGUCCACAGCAAAUAGCAAAGAACUUGGCUCAUAUGCAGCAGCUAUCUAUGUUUGAAGUAAAAUGGGUUGGUCCCCAAAACUGUGAAGAAUGUUGUGGCUCAGCAACAGAAAAGAAAAGAAAAGCAUAUUUUGACUAA